AUCAUUCUCUAUAUACGCAACCUCAGAAGCCCAUUAGACAUUCAAUUUGUUCUGCUAUUUUUAUGUUUCAGUUUGGCAAAGCCUCCUUAAUUACAAAAUGGCGAAAGUCUAUAGAAGUUCAGUACAACAGGGAAGGCUCUGGAUUUUCAGCAUAUUCAUUAUAUUUCAUGUGCUUGCUGUCAUGGCUGCACGCCCACAUCCAAUAGCUCCCCUCAAAGCUUCUACGUUGUUCACAAAAGAUCAAAUGGAGAUAAAACACAAUUUUGACGGCAGAGUGGAAAAAGAAGAGUCAAAAGUAGGGAAUGAAUGUCGUAAUGAAAUGAGUGAAGAAGAAUGCUUAGAUCGGCGAACAUUAGUUGCCCAUACAGAUUACAUUUAUACCCAAGAACACAAGGGCCCAUAGAUCUUGUUUCUUUCUCCAUGUACAUAUCAUCAAAUCUCUUUCCUAGCAGAGGAAAGGCAGAGUUAAAUUCUUUUUGAGCGGCACUAUGUAACAUAGAUAAUGACUUAUUGUACCAGAACUGUUAUAAUAUAAUCGAUACACUAUCCAAAUUUUGAAUUCAA